AUGGCAUUGACAGACUACUCCCACCACAAGAGACAUGAACUCGUGUCGUUCGAUGACAUUGACUACGCCAACUUCACCGAUGUCGAAAAGGCCAGAGACUCCAUGUUGAGAGAACAAUGGAUCAGAACACAAUCUUUGAGAGUGACACACGAAGCUUUGAGAAAGUGUAGACAAUACCAUGAAGAUGAUGCUCAAAAGAACUGUAGACCAUUGGUCAUGAAGUACAUGAAGAUGAUCGAAUCCUACGGUGUCCAAGGUUACUUGGGAUACCAAAAGAACGAUCCUUCUAAAUAG